AUGACUUCGCCCAUGGCUAAUAAGACCAGUCGUCCGCCCGAGCCAGCCCGUCGCAAGACCGUGUCGGGGACCAGCUCGGCCAACUCCACCCUCAGCAUAUUUCUGGGCGCCGCUCGGAAUCGGAAUUUAACUUGGUUGACGACGACUCCUCCCGACAAGAAUCCUCGUCCUCCCCGCCAGCGCGACAAGCCGGUACAAUUCCCGGAGCCCUCACCUUCUGCUCCUCUUUCUCCGCCUUGUCCAGCCUCACCGGCCGCUGCUCGUUCAACUGCUCGUUCGACUGCUCGUUCAACUCCCCCCGCCCCGAAGCCGACCCUGGCCGCGGACGACUCUCCCUCGACGCGUCCGACAGGCAUGAGCGAUCUUUUGUCCCCUUCACAAGAGAACCUCACUUCAUUCCGCGGUAACCAAAAUCCUGUCGCCUCGUCAGCCCCCGCAGUUACGCGAGAUGCGCCUCCUCGUCUUCAGAUCUCGGCCACCUCCAAUACACCACAUCCAUCCAUAACGCGCUCGCCGGCCCUUCAAAACCAUACUCUCCCUCCUAGACCAGUCGAUGCUCGACCGCAACAGCAAAAGCAACAGAAACCGCGGCCGCAAAAACAGCAACGCCACCAGCCGCAGAAACAAAAGCAGAAACAGCAAUUGCAGACUCAUCUGGAGCAGCAGUCGGCUUCCCUCCCUUCCCCGGAUCCCUCCAUACCCCCUAGGCCGCAUGCUAGUCCAAUAGCUGCUGUUGAAAGAAAUGUUCCUCCUAUUGCCAGUCCAUCCGCAACUGCAUUUCCGUCGCCUCCCCUUCAGCAAGCUCCUCCGAAUCAACUGCCGGCGCGACCGAAUGGUCCCGCAGUAGGGACAUUUCCGGACUCUAUACCGACCAUUCAACAAGGAAAUCCUCAUUUGGUUCAUUCUGGAAGCCCGCGCAUCCUACAAUAUGCUCCGCCUGGCCACUCUCACCCUGCUUCUCCUGCUCCAAUCACUGCAGCUUCUCCAUCACUGCAACAGCAACCACCGAUUAGCGGAAGCCCGCCCAUCAUACAAUAUGCUCGGCCUGGCCACUCUCACCCUGCUCACCCUGCUCCAAUCACUGCAGUUUCUCCAUCACAGCAACAGCAACCGAUUACCGCCAUUCACGCACUGGCUGCCAACCGCCCUUCAGUCAUCACACCGGAUUUUUGCGUGCGCGCAAAACGUAACUUGGAAGCGUUCAUGGCGAGUGAGGGUCCAUCGUUGCUUGCUAACGAUCGGGUGGAAGCACCACGGCUUCAUCUUUUAGACCACGCGCUCACUCACCGAGACGUCGUAUAUCUUACCCUUCAUCAAGUUUACUGCCUUAGCAGCUAUGACCCGGCAGGGCUUCCGAAACUUCCCGGGUUUACUCUGGAGCAUAUGCAUGGUUUGUCUAUUAUCCGGAGUCUCCUGGUCGACAAUCAGCGAAUCGCGCCUCACAUUCUACGAUGGUGUGUUGAUUUUCCCUAUCCAUUGUCUGAGAUCUUCAAGGAUUGGCGGUAUCAGACCCAAUACCAUCAAAUGCUGCGUCUCUUGGCCAGUUUAGUGGCGGAGUGGCCUCGUUUUGAAGCACACGUACAGAGUCAAGGACAUCCACCGCUCGUGGAUGAUAUGAAAUCACUCGGCGUUAUGUCGAUUACAUUGCAGCUGAACAUCUUUUUGUGCUUAGCCCGGCGGAUUCCUGGCGCCGUGGGCGAGAGCUCGCUGCGAGCAAUUUACAUGCGAGACCAGGAUUACUUUAUGCGCAGCCUCAAGGAGCCGAUCUCCGCUGAACAGAGGCGCCGCGAGAACAUGGAAAUCGUGGCUAUGUACCGUGAGGCCAUUGCGGCGACGCAGAGGGACAGUACAGGGCCUCCUAGUGUCACUGCUCCUCACAGCGUGCCCUUUCCAGGUCAAGCUGUACCUACCCCUGUGUCUGCACUAGCGGGCCAGUCGAAUAUGCAGUAUAAUUCACCAUAUAUGCAGUCGCAUUCUGGAGCGCAAAGCCCAAACGGCAUAUCUCCGGCCCGAUUCCCCACCAAGCGGUCGCUCAACAACGUGGUGUAG